CGGCAUUUCCGGAUUGGAAGAAAGGUGGCGGCGCGUUGGGCGUUUCCCCACAGGAAUAGAAUGGAAGGAGAAUCGAGCAGACUGGAGAUUCACACUCCAGUUUUUGACAAGAAAAAGAAAAAGUACUCUGUGUAUAAGGAAGGACAUCUGAGGCAUCCCCAUGAAAGUGUCAGAGACUCCCCCCUGGCAAGCGAGCAGUCUCACGUAACCAAGAGUAAGAAAAAAAGAAAGGAUUGCCAGCAUCUUCUUCCUUCCCCUUUGAAAAAAUCAGAAAUUGGUGGUGAGACGAAAAAGGCCACGUCCGUACCCAAAAAGAAUAAAAAGAAAAAACAUAGGGCUUCGGGGGUGGAUGGGGAAACAGGUGUGGCGUAUGUCUUGGUGGAUAAAGAAAAUAUCGAGAACACACCAAAGAAUUUUAGGAGGGAUGUCGAUGUCGUGUAUGUUGACGUGAGCCAGGAACAGAAGCCAACAAAAGAGCCUGAAGCAGGCGAACUGCAUUCAGUUCCUAAGUCACAUAAAAACGAGUCGGAAGAGCUGCAUCAUAAAGUUAGGGAGACAAAAAGUAGAAAACAUCGGAGGAAAGUGGCCUCCUGGGAUGCUGAGCAGGAGGGCCUGCGUGCAAGCCUCGCUCUGCCCAAGCCAGAACCACACAAGGAGGAAACCCUGCUUUCUGUGGACCCAGGAGGUGGAAUCACACAACUACCAGUAUCGGCCAAUAAGAAAAAGUCUAAGAAAAAAAAGAGAAAAAUUGCACAUGACCAGGAACUUGAGGCAUUGCCUGGGCCUGAGAGUCUAGAGAACGUGUACUCCGAAGGAUGGCAGGGGGUCGGUGAGGUUGGGACUGCAGAAGGCAGUAAGGAAGCUGGCCGUGUAAAGAAAAAGUCUAAGAAAAGGAAGCGAAGGUCUUCUGUUGAAAGUCCUGUAGCUCCUGGGGGUGAUUUUUCAGUGCCCGCAGGGAGCUUUGAGGAUACACACUCUGAUUCACUGGAAGGUAAUGGUGCCCUGAUUGAAGAAAGAGCGAAACCCAGGCCACAGCAGGAGAAAACCCAGGCCUCUUCGGAAGAGGUGCAGAGGUUAGAACCUACAAAUGAAGAGGAAAGACAUUUGGAAUUGGCCAAAGAUUCUGAAACAAGAUAUUUAUCGGAAGACUCCAGAGAUUCGGGUGACUCAGAUGUGGAUUUAGACUCGGCUGUGAGGCAGCUCCAAGAGUUCAUUCCGGACAUCAAGGAAAGGGCUGCCACCACAAUCAAGCGGAUGUACCGGGAUGACUUGGGGCGGUUUAAGGAAUUUAAAGCACAGGGUGUCGCUAUUAGAUUUGGCAAGUUUUCUGUAAAGGAAAACAAGCAGUUAGAGAAAAACGUGCAAGAAUUUCUAUCCCUGACAGGAAUUGAGAAUGCAGACAAACUGCUGUACGCAGACAGAUACCCAGAGGAGAAAUCUGUGAUCACCGACUUAAAAAGAAAAUAUGCAUUUAGAUUGCACAUUGGUAAGUUUAAAACUGUUUACUCUUUGACCAUCCACAGCCUACCAACCGUAAAGGGAGAACCCACGGUAAGUAUUUAGCACAGCGCCUGGCGCAUUCAGUGCGUGCGGUGCAUGUUACCCGCUGCCAUGGCUAUGAGUAUUCCUGUUGCCGGCUCAAGAAAUCAUGGUGCUUGGAGUAAGACGGAAACCCAGAAACUAAUCAAGGCUGUCGAAGAAGUGAUUCUAAAGAAAAUGUCUCCCCACGAGUUAAAAGAGGUGGAUUCUAAACUCCAAGAAAACCCUGAAGGCUGCCUGUCUAUUGUUAGGGAAAAACUCUACAAGGGUAUAUCUUGGGUAGAAGUAGAAGCCAAAGUAGAAACCAGAAAUUGGAUGCAGUGUAAAAGUAAGUGGACGGAAAUCCUAACCAAGAGGAUGACGAAUGGUCGGGAUGUGUACCGCGGAGUUAAUGCUCUGCAGGCCAAAAUCAACCUCAUCGAAAGAUUGUAUGAGGUAAACGUGGAGGACACUAACGAGAUAGACUGGGAAGACCUUGCUAGCGCCAUAGGUGAUGUUCCUCCGUCCUAUGUUCAAACUAAAUUUUAUAAGCUGAAAGCUACCUGUGUUCCCUUUUGGCAGAAGAAGACUUUUCCAGAGAUUAUAGACUACCUUUACGAGACCACCCUGCCUCUGCUUAAGGAAAAGUUAGAGAAGAAGGUGGAGAAAACGGGCACCGAAAUCCAGAGUCCCGCGACACCCAGGCAGGCCUUCCGGUUCAGUGACAUCUUCUAUCGUGACGACGACAGUGAGGGAGAAGACGGGGAGAAGAGUGGGAUUCUGAAUUUAUAGGGUAGAACUCUGGAUUUGCAAGUGCCAGAAAAUGGGACCCACAUGGAUCUAAGGAAUCCGGGAACUCUCAAGACUGAAAGUCCAAGUAAGGACUGACUCAGCUACUUGUGGUCACCAAAGAUGGGGUUUCUGGCGCAUUUUCUGCUCCCCCUUCGCCAUUGUCCACUUCAUCUUCAGUACACACACGGGGGCCCCUUCUCAUAGUCACAUGCUUCAGCAGACCUGCUCCCCCUUCAGAGGAAGGAAAAAAGGUCUCUUCCAGUUGCUCUUGCUUAAGUCCUGGGUUUUGCUCCCAGUGCCCAAAUUAGAGCCUGUGCCCAGCUCUGAAUCAUCACUGGAGCCAGGAAAAGAGGACUGUGUUCAGCCAGUCUGGGCUCUGCUCUGGAGCUGGGAUUUAGCACAGCACGCCUGGAGUGGCUGGGAAGGUAAAUACCCCAGUGGAAAAAUCAGAGUCCCAUUAGCAGAGGAGGCGAAGAGCACUCUGAGGAAGCAACCCACAGAUGUGUGCUGACAGUGGGUAAUUGCCUGUGCUGUGAAUCUUGCCCAAUAAACUUGCGUACUUUUUGUACAAGUUCUAUUUUUGUAACUUUUUCUCAUCGAUAUCUCCAUGCCUCUCCCCUCAAAAAAAAAAAAAAA